AUUAUGGGGUAUCUUUACAAGGAGACAAGACCGUUGUUUCCCUUUAUUUCCAUAGGAUGUGCGUCCAGAAACAAAAACAUAUUUACUACGCUCGUUCUCCCUCUCGUUCUUCUUGCAGGUCGUGGUGCUGUCUCCUCAUCGAGUGGAAGCACGAGACACAAGAACCCUAACGCUUAUAGUGGACGACGAGGAGGGGCUAGAGGACCCUCAACUUCAACUUCUUCCAGAGAAGAAGAUCCGCCUGCCAGCAAGUGCGACCCAGUGUUUGCGCACUAUCGGGAAGAAGCGCUAGAAUAUUUCGAACGUAUAUUGCCACGAAAGUUCUACCCACCGGUUGAGCAGCAUGGGUUGCAGUACAGUAUCCAACUUUUGCCGACGAAACCAGGGGACGACAUACAAGCAGGAGAUGAAGAUGAGGUCGCUCUUGGCAAGAGGAAGAAUGUUGAAGAUAAAUUAUCAAGAGAAGAAGAAGAUGAACAUCAUGAAGAUGUUGAACGAGCAGCAGGAGGACGUCGAGAGGUCGCAGCUCUCAAUGAUGCUCCUGCGAGGGCAGGAGCUAGAACAACAGAGCCACAGUCCGAGCAGGCGAGAGAAGAACCUAGUAGAGGGUGGAUUCCAGAACCGGAUGAACAUCUCCUGGAUCCGACGAAAAAGCCUGCGGUUCUUCCGCAAUUACAUUACAACUACUUCUUAUGACGACGUGACUGAAGACUGAUUGAGAACACGUGAUCGUGAUUGAAUACCGAUUGAAAACCACCGUAUUUAUUUGGCUCUUUCUCCUGUUUCUAGAACCAAGGAAAUAAGACGUCAACAUGGUCUGAAUGUUGUCCUGAUACAGUUGGGAUGUGAUUUGAUCCAUUGCCGAAAAGAUUGAAAUCACAUCACAACUGUCCGGAUACCAGGACGUUCUCAAUCGGUUUCAAACUGGUGAUUCUUUCAUGCUUACACAAUGUGAAUAGUCCACGCGUGCGAACGCCAGAAAGGUUACCAGCAGGUAUUCUUCCAUCCGAAGCGCAUGCCCUUAUUGGCGCCAUUGAGCAAAACCACGUAGAUUAAGGGGAACGCCAACAACCCAUCUUUAUUUACAGCAUCUUUGAAGCGAUUCCUUCGUCUUGGAACAAGCUAAGAGAGAUCUUGGAAGACUGGUUGUUCUACUUGGUGCCUCUAAGUCGAUCUCCUUAUCGAAUCGGGGACGGCUUUCGGCGUGUCAACUCAGUUAAUUGCGACAAACGCUUAUGUAGAUCAUGGUGAAGACGAGCAUGGAGAGGAAGUAGCAGACAAUUUGGAUGACGAUGCUGCAGUUGAAGACCGGGGGCAGGCUGGAGAUGUUGAAAGCGCUUCUAAAGAACAAGAUCAAGACCAAGAUCAAGAGGGAGAACAAAAAGAACAACUGUCAGAACAACAUGAGAAAGUAAGGUCUUUCACACUCCAUACGUUUGAGCUUCAUGACAAGUGUGGACGCGAUCGAAGGUGUACACAUAGUUCACAGCAUUGGAAUUCUACAAUUCGGAGAGUCUUACGGUACGCAGGCGAACCAAACCUUGCUUCACGGUUGCAGGAAGAGCGAGAGAGGCCAUAUUCUACCUACCUGCACAAGUCAGGUAGUCAUAAUCCUGAUUUGGAGGACGAACAGACUCGCCGCCGUGGCUUAGAGCGCUUCCGUGGUCCCGGUCUGUUGAGUCUGAUGGCUGAGCAAAGUAUUCGGCCUUUCAGUGCCAUGAUGCAUCAUAAGGGACUGCAUGCAUUCAAAUUCGAUGAGGUAGAAAAUCGCCUAGGAGUAUUACCACGACACGCGACCACGGGUUUUCUUACGGAAGAGUGUAAUUCAAAGAAGUCAUCUAAUUUGACAACAUCAUCAAAUGGUUGGAACCAUGUUCAUCUUCGUUCUUCUGGAACAAGAAGUGAAAAGUGUUCAUGGUCUCUUAGACCCGCGGUACAACUAGUGCUUCUCCUGUCUCUAAUUUUUUCGGCGGUCGAGGGGUACUCGCUGUGUCUGGAACGACAGGGGAGAUAAACCCGACCCCUCAAGCCUUAUCCCCAGUGGCUGCAGCAAAAAGAAGUGGGGAAGGAUACGUUGUUGACGCUGACGCUUGUUGGCAGAGAACUGUGUCCUCUUCAGGUGGAAGAGGAAAUGACAAAGAGGCCUUGUUCUCAUGUUCCUGGCCUACGGUAGAAGCACACUUUCCUAUUUCAACACGACCAGGAGCCGCGUCUAGAAGAAAAGCAGAAAGCCCUAACCGUUCAUUAAGGGUAGGUUAAAGGUGCUUUUCUUACCGCUUUUUAUGCCUCUCUCCCUUAGGAUGAGAAAGGCAUAAAAAGCGGGGUAAGCGAGCACCAAAAACCUACCUCUAAGUUCAAUAAAUGAGAAGCAACAUGCAAGUACAACGACAUUAUCAACAACGAGAAGUAAACGUCAUCGGACGCUCCGCUUUACUGGAGGACGUAGUUCGAAAAAUUUCCUUCGAGCUAUCAUCCAAAGAGAACCAAAGAAAAGGAUAGUUAUGGCUUCGAAAGUAGUGCUCUGUUUUCCGUGGGUACAUGACUUCUAGUAGAUGUUGGAUACAUGAUCUGAUAAAAAUCUACAACUCAGAUAGAGGGUAUUUCAUGAAGAAGAAUUCACUUCACGCUUUGCUCAUCCUCAUGCUGUUCUAACACUCGUCUCUUCCUCGAUGGUCCUAAGGGGCAGGAAGCGUACCAGCUUGGCCGUGAACUCUUCGAGGAAUUCCCGAAUGUCAUCUUUUUUGCACUCCAUGAUACCAAUCGCAGAGUGGAUAACAUUAUGGAGGCUUAGCUUGUUGUUGUUUGCGUGGCGUGUUUGGAUUUGCGAUGCACUGAUGAUGAUGUUGAUGUUGAUGAUAGUAACUACGAAUAGCUAGAGUAGUUUAUAGAACGGACGUAGGAUGGACUUGGAUGGAUCGGAUGGACCCCGCUGAUUCUUCCGGUCCUACUUACUUGAAAUGGUGGAAAGUCCAUCCGAUCCAUCCGAUCCAUCCCAUCCCGGAUCUGGCACUCUUAUUAACUGCUCUAGAAUACUACAGUGGUCAGGUCUGCCUAGUACAGCAAACAUGUAUAAUCGAUGCCUGGCUGCUUUUCCCAGGAAUCAGUUACAACAGUUUGGCAGUUCUAACACCAGUACUGACACCAAGCACUACCGAACGAAACAGCCUCUGACGAAAACUGACUGGGGCAACGGGAAUUUCACUGUGGAUGUACGGCCAGAGUUGGAUCUCAAGGAUUGCUGGAUGCGAGACGAUAGGGGGUACUGUCAUCGGAUGAGUAUUUCCACAGACGUGUGGUUUCAGACUGAUCGCGUAGAGAGUUUCGACUUCUGGUGGUUACCAUCUUGCGAACGACCUUUUUACGGCAUGGAUGAGGUGGAAUGUAGAAGUAGUAGAAUGAACAAUAGGACGAGUUGUACUUGUAGGACCACAUGAAGUGAACAAUGGGACGAUGAUUAAGGAUGAAAUCUGGAAGUCUAUGAAUGAGACUUUUCAUCUACUACACCAAGAAGGACAGGCACAGGGUCGUGACACCAGCUGAAACGCCUUUUCAAUAUCCAUCGUGUAGACCAUCUAUGACGCCCUUACGGCAGUCUGCACUGAACUUUGUGCGAGAUUAAUUGUAUUGUUUUGCAUUCCAUCAAUACCCCUUCUAAGCUUGUGCAAUCGAAACAUUUCAGUCUUACUACCGCGAUCGAUUCGGUCAUCUGGACACCGAGUAUUUAGCAGAUCUGCGGCAGAGGUGGCUAGAGCAGAGCCAUCUGGAUUUAUGACAUUGAGUUGUUGUUGUUUUUGUUUCUUUUUUAUUUACCUCGUGGAUCUCUGCAAAUUAUCUUGAAUAAAGCGUCCUCUACCUCUUGUUGUAGCUGUUGUAUCUAUGAUUUCUAACCCCAGUGCACCCUUCGGAACGAUGGUCACGCGAUAUGGGGAAAGAUCAGAGGUGGAAACGUAUCCGUGAAAUAGAGCGUGGUGGUCACGGACUAACGCUGUAUAUACGAAGAGGGGCAUCGAACUACGUCGUAUCAUAA